ACCCAUCCUGUGCUGUAUCGGGGGGCCUCCUGCUGCCGGACCAUGGGAUGUCGGCAAAGCUCAGAGGAGAAAGAGGCAGCUCGGCGGUCCCGGAGAAUUGACCGCCACCUGCGCUCAGAAAGCCAGCGGCAGCGCCGUGAGAUCAAACUUCUCCUGCUGGGCACCAGCAACUCAGGCAAAAGCACCAUCGUCAAGCAGAUGAAGAUUAUCCAUAGCGGUGGUUUCAACCUGGAGGCCUGCAAGGAGUACAAGCCCCUCAUCAUCUACAACGCCAUCGACUCGCUGACCCGUAUCAUUCGGGCCCUCGCGGCCCUUAAAAUCGACUUCCACAACCCGGACCGUGCCUAUGACGCCGUGCAGCUCUUUGCACUGACGGGUCCAGCAGAGAGCAAGGGCGAGAUUACACCAGAGCUGCUGGGCGUCAUGCGACGGCUUUGGGCUGACCCUGGGGCUCAGGCCUGCUUUGGCCGCUCCAGUGAGUACCACCUGGAGGACAAUGCAGCCUACUACCUGAAUGACCUGGAGCGCAUCGCCGCGCCUGACUAUAUCCCCACGGUGGAGGACAUCCUACGCUCCCGGGACAUGACCACGGGCAUCGUGGAAAACAAGUUCACCUUCAAGGAGCUUACCUUCAAGAUGGUGGACGUGGGCGGGCAGAGGUCAGAGCGCAAAAAAUGGAUCCACUGCUUUGAAGGCGUCACAGCCAUCAUCUUCUGUGUGGAGCUCAGUGGCUAUGACCUGAAGCUCUAUGAGGAUAACCAGACGAGCCGAAUGGCCGAAAGCCUACGCCUGUUUGACUCCAUCUGCAACAACAACUGGUUUAUCAACACCUCGCUCAUCCUCUUCCUGAACAAGAAAGACCUCCUGGCAGAGAAGAUCCGGCGAAUCCCUCUCAGUGUCUGCUUCCCAGAGUACAAGGGUCAGAACACGUAUGAGGAGGCCGCCGUCUACAUCCAGCGUCAGUUUGAGGACCUAAACCGCAACAAGGAAACCAAGGAGAUCUAUUCCCACUUCACCUGUGCCACCGACACCAGUAACAUCCAGUUUGUUUUUGAUGCGGUGACAGAUGUCAUUAUUCAAAACAAUCUCAAGUACAUUGGCCUUUGCUGAGGAGCCAGGCAUGGCCUGCUUGCCUGUGGUGAAACCCACGGGGUGUCACACACACCCCCAGCUCAUGCUAGAGAGGCCCAACCCCAGGGGCAGAAAACAGGGGGCUUGAAGGAUGUGUCCCACUCCCCCCACCCACCCAGCCUCUGCCUUCAUGGCCCUACGUUUCUGCAAACAUAACUAUAUUUGGAUAGAUUGCUAGGUAGGUAGACACAGACACACAUGCACACAUUCACACCUGAAGAUGGCAGAGUCAAUGUUUCCUGAAGUCUUAAAGAGCUGCUGUCAUGAGUUCAUCCAGGACCCAUUCGCCCCCUUCACUCUGCCUUCCUGAGUUGGCCCCACUCUGCAUGGGGGUUCACAUUGGACUGCUGGGGGGGGGGGAGGCUGCAGGACUGGGACCAGGUCCGGCCAGUUGUGCACAUUGCCUGGAAGAAGGCCAGCUCACCAACUGAGCUCUGGACUGGGGACUACCACUGACCAGGAGAGAGGCCCGGAGCAGGGACUGUGUGAACCUUCCCUGCUAGUUACACCCAACUCAGCCACUCUGCACCACAUGUGUCCUAUACCUAGGACCUGAGGAAACAAGUGACUGAUUGAAUCGGACCUCUAACCACUGGUGGCUCUUUUUAAACAGCUAAAACAUAUGCAGCAAAAAUUAACCCAGGAAAAUGAGUGGUAUCAUUUAUUUCAAACUAGGCCAGCUGGGUUUCCAGCUUCCCUUCUGCUGGUCUGAUGUUUUUAUAAAUGGAAACCUGGUUUUUCUUCUCUAGCAUCUUUUUUUUUUUUUAAUUUUUAUUUUUGGCCAAAUUUUAUGUUUCGCAGAAAAACAAAACAAAACAAAAACUACAGUUUCUGAUGUGAUUAAAUAUUCUUUUUUAAAAUGCAGAUUUUCAAAAUACGUUUCAUUUCAGGUGUCCCUUUUUGUGUCUGGCUUGCUGAGUAUAGAAGUUGUCAUCUGGACGAUUCUGCUCCUCAGCUCCAAAGAAUUCUGGGGCAAAUGGCUCCCCGACGCCAGCCUCAUGGGACAUAAUGUACAUAAGCCUCUGCAACGUCCUCUUGUCAUUGGUGCCGUUUUCUGCUUUGUUUUUAUUUAAGAAAAAUAAAUGUGAUGUAUUUACAGAAGGUUCUUUACCUAGGAGCGAAUGAACAAUAGCUAAAUGUCUUGGUAUUUAAAGUGUAAAUUAUCUAUGGCUUUGCCAAAUGAAGGAAGGGGAGGCAAAAGAUGGUACACUCCCGGGUCCCCAAAUACUCCAAGCCUGAGGUGUGCUGGGAGCUGCUCAGACUCCUGUGAAGGCACAGCCAGAGUUGUGGCCUGAAGGAAGCCUUGCUGGGACCCUGCAUUCCAGGUCUUCUAACCCCGGGUGGUGGUGGGGGAUCCACAGGCACUGGUCUUGAAAGAGCCCUGGAAGUGUAUAAAUACAGAACCCCUGUCGCCAAAGGGAUGGAUGGCACCACUAAAGCCCUUGCCAAAUCCCUUUCAACCCUUUGUUUGGUACCCAUGAGUCUAACGUCAAUGUACAGAAUCGCAGCCAUGGAGUUGGGAUGUACAGAGGGAGAGAAGAGCUGAUGAGCAUAUAAAAGUCAAAGAGUGUCUACUUUAAGAAAAUAAAAUACCCUGAAUGGAGCCAAA